CGGACUCAGCAUGAGCGCGCUGCCGAGCGGGCAGCAGCUUGACGCGGGGAGCAGCGCAGCGGAGGGCGGCGGCGGCUAGAGCCGGCGGAGGACACAUGGGGACGGAGAGCGACUGCGAGAGCAUGCUGCACCUGGCGGCCGAGGCGUUCCGGGCCAGGAACUUCGACCUGGCGGCGGAUAUUUACGAGUGUCAGCUGGCGGGCGCCGGGGACCCGGGCACCCGGCUGGAGCUCAUGGUGAAGCGGGCGGACGCGCUCGCCUUCGGGGGGAAAUUCCCCGAGGCUUUCGGCGAGUACCGGCGAGCCUCGGAGAUCGAGCGGCUGAGCCCGGCCCACCUGGAGAAGCUGGUGGAGUACCUGGCGGGCAGCGUGGCGGGCAGGGGGGCGGCGGCGGGCCCCGCCGCGGGGGCGGGGAGCCCGGCGGGCUGCGGCGGCUACGAGGACCUGUUCUCGUGCCGGGUCUGCCUGGGCUUCCUGUUCGAGCCCGUCACGCUGCCCUGCGGACACUGCUUCUGCCGCCGCUGCCUGGAGCGGGAGCGGCCGGCCGCGUGCCGGGAGUGCGGGGCGGGCUGCGGGCCGCCGGACGCGCACGGCUACCGGGUGAACGUGGUGCUCGGCAGCCUGCUGGCCAAGUGGUUCCCGGGCCUGCACCGGGCCGGCCGGCUGCGGCGGGAGGGCAACGGGCUGUACGCCGAGAAGAGGCUGGACGCCGCGCUGGACAAGUACAACCAGGCCAUCCUGAUAGCUCCCAUGGACCACAUCCUGUUCAGUAACCGGUCCCAGAUCCACUGCAGCCUGCGGCAGUACGACAAGGCCCUGAGGGACGCCGAGGCGUCCUGCUGCCUCAUGCCCCUCUGGUCUAAGGGUCACGUCCGAAGGGCGCAGGCGCUGGCGUCCCUGGGCCGGACGGAGGAGGCGCUGAGGGAGUACCUGCUCUGCCUGUCCAUGGAGCCGGACUGCCGCCUGGCCAGAGCCGAGGCCCACAAGCUCCUCGGCGACCUGCUGGCUCCGGUCUCAGACCGGGUCCCCGACCACAUCUCCGGCUGCUCCAGCAUCCUGUCUUCCAGAGCGCACGUCAAAGCCGGCCUGUGCGCCCCGCUGCAGAGCCAGGCUCACGGGUCCAUCGAGCUCAGCCUGGUCUUCGCCCUGCCGGCGCCCCAGAGGGCGGAGGUCAGAGGUCAGGCCCGGGCGGAGGCGGAGCGCGGCCUGCUGCUCAAACGCAAACGCAGGAGCGCCGAGGAGGAGCAGGACCAGCAGGAGAGCAGGGCGCACGGCCACAAGAGGGCCAAGUGUGAGGCGAGCAGGACUUCGGGCGGAGACCAGCUGGACCCGUCAGACCUGGAGUGUUCUCUGUGCAUGAGGCUGUUCUACGAGCCGGUGACCACGCCCUGCGGACACACCUUCUGCCUGCAGUGUCUGGAGCGCUGCCUGGACCACAACCCCAAGUGUCCGCUCUGCAAGGAGGAGCUGUCCGAGUACCUGGUGCAGCGGCGGUACUGUAAGACGGUGUUGGUGGAGAAGCUGAUUUCCAAGUAUCUUCCCUCGGAGCUGACGGAGCGGACCAGGAUCCACCAGGAGGAGCUGGCCGAGCUCUCCAAUCUCAAUAAGAACGUGCCUAUCUUCGUGUGCACCAUGGCCUUCCCCACCGUGCCGUGCCCCCUCCACAUCUUCGAGCCCUGCUACCGGCUGAUGGUCCGCCGCUGCAUGGAGACGGGGACCAAGUGCUUCGGCAUGUGUCUGGGGGACGAGCUCAAAGGGUUCGCCGACUACGGCUGCCUGCUGGAGAUCCGCGACGUGAAGUUCUUCUCCGACGGGCGCUCGGUGGCCGACACCAUCGGCAGGCGGAGGUUCAGGGUGGUGCAGCACAGCGAGCGGGACGGCUACAACACGGCCGACAUCGAGUACCUGGAGGACGAGAAGGUGGAAGGCGCGGCGGAGCGGGAGCUGCAGUCGCUGCACGACGCCGUCUACGACCAGGCUCUGGUCUGGGUCGACUCCCUGAAGGCCGAGCAGAAGGAGCGCAUCGAGGGACACUUCGGACCAAUGCCUGAGAAAGAACUCGAACUGCAGGCCAGCCCCAACGGCCCGUCGUGGUGCUGGUGGCUCCUCGCCGUCCUCCCCCUGGAGGGCCGCGCCCAGCUGCCCUUCCUGGCCCUCACCUCCCUGAAGGACCGACUCAGCGGCAUCCGCAAGGUGCUGCUGUUCAUGGCUCAGAGCCGGCAUCGGUGACCAGCCCCCCCCCGCCCCCCCCCCGAUGGCAGCAGUUGACCUGCCGCUCUCCAGCGUUCUCGUAGCACGGAUGUUUUCAUCCACACGCCCCCAACAGGAGGAACUCCGCCGCUUCGUAACCGUUUCCCGACGCCUGGAGUCGUCGAGCUUCCUCGCUCUCCUGCUCUUCCUGCACGGCGCUGUGACUGCUGGGAACUCCCUCAGAGACCAGGCGUCUCCAGACGCACGUAGCAAAACCUGCUCAGUCCAGACCGGUGGAGCAGGUCAGGAAUACAGAUCCUCAAAAAAGGAUUUAUUUUGCCCUGAAUGAAACACGAGAGGGGGUCAGGGGAAUGCCUUUUCCCAGCUCCAUUUUCCUUUAUGAGGCAAAUUCACCAUAAAAAAAAAAAAAGUGGAUUAAAUAAUCGAUUAUCCUCCCACACGCUGAAACCUGCUGCUCCAAACUGUAUCCUGCAAUAAUUCUGUCAGAUGUUCUGUCUUCCUGUUUCUCCUCCAUUUCCCCUGAGAGACAAUGGACUGAUGGACUGAACCUCGACAUUUAAAGCUCCUGUCCAGAUGUUCUUUUUUUCAUCCGAUUACUGCUUUUUUAAAAAAAUGUUUUGGAUGUUUUUUUUUUUUCUCCUUUUUAUUUAUUUUGUCAUUAUUUAUGCAUGCAGUGAUAUUGUUUACAUUUCAGAGGGAGGAAGAGAUACCGAGCUGCUCCAUUUCCAAAGGCGUCUUGUGUUUUUCCUCACAGUGAGCGUUCGCUCGGAAACAAACACGCACAUGAAGGUCGGCACAGCAGGGUUCACGCCGCCGUUCGGCUUUCCGUUUGGCUAACCCUUGACUCUCGGAAAAUCUUUCAAAAAGUAGGAGGAAAUAACCUCCACUUUUCAAUGCCGUUCCGUCUCCAUGGAAACACAAAUUCACAUUGUGCGAUGUCUCAGAGUGAAUCUGAUGCGAAGCCAUGCCGUUAUUGGUGGUGAUCGCUGCUGUGUUGACUCAGACAUGUUGGGAGGGAAGAGAAAAAAGUGUUGAAGCAAGAUUUUUUUUGCUUGUAAGAUUUUUUUUUGUUUUUUUUUAAUUCAAAUUUAACAUUUCCUCUUUUUUUUGUGGUGUUUGAAUAUUAAAUAGACAAGGCCAGUGCCUUCUCUCCACGGACAGCGUGGACGCUCCUUUCCCUUCCUAUUCAGUGACAUAAAACCCAGAGAAGCCCAUUCUGCUGAUGGCUGGAGAAACAUAAUAAGUGGAGGCCUUGCUGAUGCCUGACGCGACUGUUUUUACACAUUUUAACAGAAAAACAAAGGAGAUUGUUGAGCUUUGCUAAAGUUUUCUUUUCUAAAGAUGUUUGGUUUUACAUGUUUCUACGCGGAUCAGGUUCUUUGUAUGUCCUGAACUUUCUUCACUGUCUUCAUUCUUUACUGAACGCGUGUUGGAACAGGGAGCCUCCUAGUGGCAGAGUGAAGAAGCGCAGAUUCACCCUUUCACUUCCUGGCCUGGGCCAGAGGGCCGCAGACAGCAAUACUACCUACAGCCGGACUUUCCUCUGGCCGGGCGUCGUCUGACACGUUGACAGUCGGCCGACUCAUCGAUAGCAAAGGGAAAAGCCGUGCGUCCAGCUGAAGCGCACAGCCGCUGGAGCCACAUAUCACCUGUACCGUAUGUUUACAGUAUGUUACGUUUUCCAGAUACUCCAGCGAAAGUCUUUCCAGAUUUGUCAACCAAAGGGAAAAAAAAAAAAACACACAAAAAACCUUUUGAAAUUGAGAUCUUUAACCAGUAAGGAGCCA